UUGUGUGGUCAAAUACUGUUUACAAAUAUUUCCAGAGAGAAUGGAUGACUAAGUCUAAAUAUUGUGCGAUGAAUCUGCCCAGCUUAGCUUGUUCUUGAACCCAACUAAUUAUACCCAAAUCGAUGUCUGGAUCUGAACCCACUUUUGGAACGAGUAUCAAUGUGCCAAACGAGACCAAGGGCGACAAGGAUGAGCCACUGUUCUCUGAGAACGUGUUUCGCAAUCUGAGACAUGCCACUAGAUUCGCCAUCGACAUUGGAGGAUCACUUGCCAAAGUUGUUUACAUAUCAAAGGUCAGGCGCCGUGAAACACGCUACUCCUGCUCUGAAGACGAUAGCGCUGCUUGCGAAGCACCCCAAAAGGCGGCCUGCACUAGCGAUGGUUCCAUAUCGUCAUCGGGUCCUGCUGCCACAAAGGAAGGAGACAAGGCGUACUCGACUGGAUUCAGACUUCACUUCAUCAAAGCGGAGACUAAAUACAUAGAGCAGUGUCUGGAGUUCCUCAAGAGUGAACUGGUGCAUUGUAGUGUGAAUAUGAUGAAGGACAAAGUGGUCAAAGCCACUGGCGGAGGCGCUCUCAAGUACCAGGAACUCAUAUCAUCUCAGCUCGGAUGCAAGCUAGACGCAGAAGGAGAGAUGGACUGUAUUGUGAAAGGUUGUGACUUUCUCAUCAAAAACAUUCGGAACGAGGUGUUCGAGUACAAGAAGGGGCAGAAGAACCCGUUUCUAUUCCACAACUAUGAGAAUAUAGACUAUCCCUACCUCUUGGUCAACAUAGGCUCAGGAGUCAGUAUACUCGAGGUGUCAUCGCCCAGUGAGUUUCAACGUGUGGGCGGAACCGCGAUGGGAGGCGGUACUUUCUGGGGCAUCGGAUCCUUACUGACAAACGCCAAAGGAUUCGAUGAACUCUUAGACCUAUGUACUGAAGGACAUUCGGCCAACGUUGACAUGCUUGUUAAAGAUAUCUACGGACGAAACUGCGAUAAACUUGGUCUACCAAGUGACCUAACCGCCAGUUCUUUUGGAAAAACAGUGCGUGGAUCCCGCGACGAGACUAUUGAUAGAUCAAAAUUCAGCGAUGCCGAUCAAGCUAAAAGUCUCCUCCAUAUGAUCAGCAAUGGAAUUGGGCAGAUUGCAUGUUUGUACGCGCGAAUUCACAAUGUCAAUAAAAUAUAUUUUGGCGGUUAUUUCAUCAGAAACAAUCGUGCUACUAUGCAUACGAUAUCAUUUGCAGUUGACUUUUUCUCGGACGGGGCGGUAAAUGCUCUGUUUCUGAGACACGAGGGAUAUUUAGGUGCUAUUGGUGCAUUCCUGAAAGGAACGGAAGAGGAAGACAUUGAAAAGUACUCGUGGGACGAGAACUACAUGUUCGACACUUCAUUUAACAUGUCAGAUGAAGAAAACAGUCGGAGAGUCCUCAAUCAGAUUAACAUGUUUGAAUUAGAUUCUAGCAAUUCCCUUUUGGAACCCUUGCCUUUGCUGAAAAAACCCGAGACGUAUGUUGCGGAUACUUUUGACUUAGCGACUGACCCAGAAAGACGCGAGUUUUGGCUCAACGUAUUUAAGAAACAAAUCGACCGGAUGUAUGAUCUGGCACUUGAAUACGAUCCGACAUCUACAGAGAAAGCCAAGUCCUACAAAAGGUUCUAUAUCAGUGCUCUGGAGCGAAUUCAAGCGCAGCCUUUGGCCCAGGGAUCUUGCUCUGUGAGAGUCUUCCUGAAUUUGAAUCAGAAGUCUCUAAGAGACGCUGGGUAUCAUGACAUAUUUUUACAGAAGAAGCAAAACGAAAACGAUCUUGCAAAGCGCCAGUUUAAUGCCAGAAUGGACUAUAUCAACACGUUGCAGGAUGGCAGUGAAGCAGAACUCCUCGAAAUUAUUUACGGUGCUCUUUCUGGGAAUUUCUUUGACUGGGGUGCAAGCACAGUUGCAAAAUUUUUCCAACCGGGAUUUGGAAUCACAAAUGCAAGGGAGAUGAUUGAACCUAGACCAUGGUUAAUUGAUGAUUUUGAUCAACUGAAGGUAGCGUUGCUGGGUGCGGAUCAGAAACGUGAUUAUAAAUGCGCCUUGGUAUUUGUCGACAACAGUGGCUUCGACCUAUUUCUGGGAAUCUUGCCAUUGGCGCUGUAUUUGAUCAGACGCAAAACGAAAGUCAUCUUAGCUAGUAACACAUAUCCGGCUCUUAAUGACGUAACAUUCUUGGAACUGAAGCUUGAAAUUGGUCUUCUGGCCGGUGAAAAUGAUGAAAUUAAAGAAGCUCUAGACAGUGAGAUGUUAAUGUUGGCCGAGACAGGAUCAUACUCGCCUUGUUUGGACUUGAGCCGCAUCGACUAUCGAUUGGUAGAACUUGUAUCUAACAUGCAAACUGAUUUGGUCAUUCUAACGGGAAUGGGCAGGGCUAUUCAUACAAAUCUCAAGGCUCAGUUUUCAUGUGAUGCUUUGAAAUUGGCGGUGAUUAAAAAUCGUGAACUGGGAAGACAAAUGGGAGGUACGCAUGACUUCUGCGUUGUAUGCAAAUUUGAACUGAACGAAACAGAUAUGAAUGUCAUGAACUAAAACAAAAACCGAUCAUUUGAAAAGUUUCGAUUUUAAAAACAAGAAAAGUCAUGGUCUUUUUUGUGCAUUUCUUUAUUUUCUUUCCCAGUAUAUCAAAUAUAAUGGUUUAUGUAGUACUUAUAGAAUUUUAGAAAAGACAAUUCAUUUGCAAAAAAAAGUCAGACCAAGUUAACAUCUUUCCCACCAAAGAUUUUGGGGGAGGAUGUUAACUUGGUUCUAAGUUGGGAUUUUUCAGCCAAUCAGAAUCGAGCAUUUUACAUGCAGCGCUUAGCGAAUUUAAUUUAAAUUAAGCGCUGGGGUGUAGGAUCUUAACUUGGUCUAUUAACUUGAUCCUAAGAGUCUCACAAGAUGGCAAAGACUUGCUAAUUAGAUUUCUUAAGCAUAGUCGUAAUGCUUCGCUUUUUCACUCACUAAUUAAUUGACCGUUGAUUUAUGCGCAAGUUGUGUUCUAAAUUUUUCGUGUUAUAUAAAUCUGUAAUUAAUGCAAUUUGUAUUUUUUGGUGUCAUUGCGCUAUGACGAGCAUGGUUUAAAAUUUAAUGGACGCUGAAAGACCUCAGUUAUGCUUAAACCAAAUCAUUCCUUUUUGCUAUUGAUAUAUUAAUUUUCUGAUGAAAAAGUAGAUUACUUGAUUUGAACGAAAUUAUGAAUAAU